CAUACAUACUCCAACGUUAGCUAUGUUUGGAAUGUUGUUUGCUAAACACAUGCCAUAACACUAGCAAGUUAUAAUAAAGUAGUUUGGUGCCAAUAUCCGAUGCAUUUAAGCUGUGAUCUCAAAUCAUGGAUUCAUCGAGUCCACCAUCCAAAAGAAAGUUUUAUAUGGGGCGACAUCAGUACAAGAAAAAGAGUGUCACUGCGGCGGAAUCAGCUGCAGCGCCCCAUGACCUUUCAAGCCGAAUGUAUAAAGCUCCCUCCUUUGAGGGAUUCAAAGCACGCCCAGACAAUGCAAAAGACAAGCAAGACAAGAAGGUGGAGGUUGGCGAUAGCACCUUGGCCAUGGAUCAAGAGAUCCUUGUGGCCCUGGAAAAAAUUGACCCUGGCGGGCCUCCAAGAAAAAGUGACGUGAAGGUUCAUCCAAGAUCACUAGAGUUUGUCAACAACACAGAUAAUUCAUCAGGAAAGAAAAAUAACAGUUCAACACUCAUCCAUGGAAUCCCAGAGUCUUGUAAAUUGCCAUCCCUUGGAACAGUGUCAAAAUCAGUGAAUGAUCAGAAAACUGGGAAACACUCAGAAAAGGAUAAGACUUUGGCUCAUGAGUUGCUUUUUAGCGAAGACAAGGAAGGCUCUAAAACAAAACACGACAUCAGGAAACCUAAUCAAGCCCCUGGUGGGUCUCUCUCAAAGUCACACCAAAAGACUACUUCCACUGCUCACCAGUCUUUCUCUAUACCUGCCUCACUGACUGACAAAGACGCCUCUCAUCCGUCAAGAAAAAAACAAAGUCCUAAUGGUUCUGUGGCUAGGGGUACCUCCAAGCGCAGGGCUAAGGACUACAUUCUGUUCAGCCCGACUCAUCUUGCAGCGGCCAGGGAGAGAAGAGGAGGCUCGCGGCUGCAACCAAACCAGUCUGUGUCCGUGCUCACCCCUCCCUCCGUCCUGGACCACAGCUCGCUGGCAGACUCAACAGCUGAUGCAGGGUUGAGUGUGCACGUUGGGGUGCCCACCGACCACACGGACAAGCUGCUGCUGUCCAGCUGGGGCCUACCCAAGGCUGUCCUGGAGAGGUACCAGAGCCGGGGGGUGCAGCGCAUGUUUGAGUGGCAGGCCGAGUGCCUCACACAGGGAGGUGUCCUGGAGGGCAGGAACCUGGUGUAUUCAGCUCCUACCAGUGCUGGGAAGACAUUAGUGUCUGAGCUACUCAUCCUCAAGCGGGUUCUUGAAACGAGGAAGAAAGCAAUAUUUAUUCUCCCGUUUGUGUCUGUGGCUCGGGAAAAGAUGUUCUACUUGCAGAAUGUGUUUGAGGAGGCCGGGGUGAGAGUGGAGGGCUACAUGGGCAGCACCUCAGCAGCGGGCGGCUUUGGGGCUCUGGACGUGGCCGUGUGCACCAUAGAGAAAGCCAAUGGCCUCAUCAACCGACUCAUUGAGGAGGACAGAAUGGACUUGCUGGGAAUCGUGGUUGUGGAUGAGCUGCACAUGGUGGGUGACUCUGGAAGAGGCUACCUGCUGGAGCUCCUCCUCACCAAGAUACGCUUCAUUGCCCAGAAGACCCCAACCACAAGACCUUCCUCAGAUAAAAGCCAAGGACAAAGUGUCUCAAAGGACGUCCAGAUAGUUGGCAUGAGUGCCACGUUACCGAAUCUGGGGCUGCUGGCCAACUGGCUGGACGCGGAGCUUUAUCACACAGACUAUCGGCCCGUGCCCCUGAACGAGUGGGUGAAGAUUGGCAGCAGCAUUUACGACGGCUCCAUGGCCCUCGUCAGGCAGUUCCAGCCUGCUCUCAGAGUAAAGGGUGAUGAUGACCACAUCGUGAGCCUGUGUCUGGAGACGGUGCAGGAAGGCCACUCAGUGCUGCUCUUCUGUCCCUCUAAGAACUGGUGUGAGAAGCUUGCAGACAGCAUAGCGAGGGAGUUUUACAACCUCCGUCACCAAGAUAAGGAGGGCUCCUCUGGUCCUCCUCCAGUGUCUAUUAAGAGGGAGGGCCUGCUGGACGUGGUGGCCCAGCUGAAGCGCUCUCCUGCGGGCCUCGACCAUGUCCUCCAGCGCACCGUGCCCUGGGCAGUCGCCUUCCAUCAUGCAGGCCUGACCUUUGACGAGAGGGAUAUCUUGGAGAAUGCGUUCCGCGAGGGGUGCGUCAGGGUCCUGGCGGCCACCUCCACCUUGUCUUCUGGGGUCAACCUGCCGGCGCGGCGCGUCAUCAUCCGCACCCCGGUCUUCAACGGCCACCUGCUGGACAUCCUGACGUACAAACAGAUGGUGGGUCGUGCCGGCCGCAAGGGAGUGGACACUAUGGGUGAGAGUGUGUUGGUGUGUAAGGAGUCUGAGCGCCAGAAGGGCAUCAGCCUGAUCCAGGGCAGCCUCAAACCUAUCAGCAGCUGCCUGGUCAAGAAGGAGGGGGAGGGGGUCACCACCAGCAUGCUGCGUGCCAUCUUAGAGAUCAUUGUUGGGGGAGUGGCCAGCACUCCAGAGGAAGUGAAGCUGUACGCAUCCUGCACGCUAUUGGCUGCCAGCCUGGCUGUGGAGGGAGAGGGAGAGGGGGCGGACUCUGGCACCGAGGCCAAGCAGAGGAGCCGGGGGGCCAUCGAGGCCUGCAUGGAGUGGCUCAUGGACAACGAGUUCAUACACAUACAGAAGGACAAAGACGGGGAAAGGUACUGUCCCACCCAUCUGGGCUCGGCCACUCUCUCCUCCUCCCUGUCUCCACCAGAGGCCCUGGGUAUAUUUGCAGACCUCCAGAGAGCAAUGAAGGGCUUUGUCUUAGAGAAUGACCUCCAUAUUCUCUACCAGAUAACCCCUGUGUAUGCGGACUGGGCUACCAUCGACUGGUACCAGUUCUUCUGUAUGUGGGAGCAGCUGCCGACGUCCAUGAAGCGCGUGGCUGAGCUUGUGGGGAUCCAGGAGGGUUUCCUGGCCCGCUCUGUUGGAGGGAAGCUGGUCGCCAAGACGGACAAACAACGCAGGCAGAUGGCCAUUCAUAAACGGUUUUUCACCACUCUGGUUUUGCUGGACUUGGUGAAUGAGAUGCCCCUCAAUGUUGUGGCAAAGAAGUAUGGGUGCAGCAAGGGUCAACUUCAAUCUCUUCAACAGUCAGCCUCCACCUACGCAGGAAUGGUGACUGUCUUCUGCAACCGGCUGGGCUGGCACAACCUGGAGAUGCUGCUGUCCCAGUUCCAGAGUCGUCUGAGCUUCGGGGUGCAGAGGGAGCUGUGUGACCUGGUGCGCAUCUCUCUUCUGAACGCCCAGAUGGCUCGAACCCUCUACAGCGGAGGCCUUCUCACCGUGGCGGACGUGGCCCAUGCCAAGGUGGCAGACGUGGAGAAAGUUCUGAGGAAAGCGGUCCCUUUCAAAAGCUCCAAGCAGGCCGUAGAUGAGAGUGAGUGGGAGGCUGAGGAGCGCCGUAGCCUCCGCUGCAUCUGGGUGAGCGGUAAGAAGCCCCUGACGGAGAGGGAGGCGGCCCAGGAGAUCGUGGCCGAGGCCAGGCAUCUGCUGCAGCAGGACCUGGCCAUGCUGGGGGUGAACUGGGACCCCGCCUCUCUGCCACAAGAGGGCAGCACUGAACAGCAACAACCUGCAGACACGUCAGCUGAUGCUGAAUCAGAGCAGACGGAGGAGGAGUCGCGCAAGCAGGAUUCUGCUGAAGGAAGUCUGCAAACAGACCUGAAAAAGCUGAAGUGUAAUGAAGGAAGUUUGCAGAGAGUGUUGCUCAAGUCAAACUCUACCGACAGAAGUUUGCAAAUGAACACAGAUAGUGGUGGUACAAAUUGCGAAGUAGCAGAGGGACCCAUGAAAGACUCCAAGAUGAAGAAAGGUCCGCAGAUGCCGUCAGGCAACAAUGUCCCUCCCCACUCAGCAUUAAAAGACAAUGUUUCAGAUGAGGGAAACCCCUUGCACAAGUCUCAGGACAGGGUCCCUCCUCCUCAAUUAGCAUCCAAAAUUAAUGUUUCAAGUGUGGAAAAACCUUUGUGCACAUCUGGGGCCAGCGUCCCUCCUCAAUUUGCAUCCAAAGCAAAGGUUUCAAGCGUGGAAAAACCCACGCGUACUUCUGCUGAGAAAUCUUUUCAUAACACUACAGCUAAUCCUGUGUCAGGGUUUCCGGCAGCAGGCCCUGAAGGGCAGUCCACCGCACUGUUUAAAGUGCUGAGAUUCAUAAAUUCAAAAGAGAAGAAACGUCCAGCAGAUGCCAUUGAGUCCGCCCCCUCUGCUGCUAAUGAGAAUGGCUGUAAUCAGUUGAAUACAAAUGGCUUCACUACUAAAGAGGCUCUGCCUGUGCAACCAUCUGAGGAGACUCAGCUGUCUAAACGCAGAAAAGUGGAGGCGUGUGUGGUGCCAUGUGAAGUCACUGACACAUGUGAAAGCACUGAAAGCAAUACUGUAAAUAAUAAAGACAAGGCAUCAGGUUUGGACAAGAAUGGUCCAUCCUUGUCAGAUCUUGGUAGCGGUGAAUGCCCUAUUGAUAAGGAAAGGGGAAAAAAAGAUGGAAAACUUGAAAAAAUAAAAUCGGCAAACUGUGACGAAGUACCGACAUCAAGUUGCCAGAAAGAGCAAGAACUUGGCGGGAAGUGUAAAUUUAAGUCUAAGCAUUUGAAUAUGGAAGAAGAAACACUGACUCAGUCCGAGAGCAGCAACAACAAAAUGGAGAAGUUGAUUCUUGAGAAAGGAAGUGGAAGUCAUGCUGACCACUCAUUUCAGGGUAGUGACAUUCCUAAAACCACACCAGCAUCAUGUGUGGUCAGAAAAGCGGUAGUCAACCCUGUUACAGUUGUUUCGGCAGCAGGAAAAUGUGCAUCCCCUGACUUGUACGCUGGUGAUGCAGAGUUUGGAGACAGUUUCCAGCUCGACACACAAACUGAGAGAAUCAUACAGCAGCAUGAGGGCGUCAUCCAGGGCGAUGCCAAAGAGAAGCUAAUGGCCGAUUGCGAAGGGCUGAAAUCCCAUAAUGAUGGCUCACGUAAGCCAACAGCUUCACAGGAUUUAAAGCUGUGUGAAAACUUUGUUAUUGAGGCAAACGGUCCCCCCAGUGCCUGUUUCAGAAGCACACCAGCCCAUCACAAGUACAACUUAUCUCUGACAGAUAGUCAAAUGGAAAACAUUCUUAAUUAUAGUAAUCAAGUACCUGGGGAAAAUUCCCAAACUCCACAGCCAUGUGGUCCAAAACCUCAGGAGUCUAGAAGCUCGGAGGAGGUUAAACAGCUCAUAUUUGAGACCAGCCUUAAUGGGAGCAGCAGUUUCUUGUUUGACAGUCUUUAUGAUAGCUCCUUGUUGGAGGCAUUGGCAGGUGAAGAUGUUUCAGGUGAAACUGAGGAAGCAGCUGCUGUUGUCAACGAUGAUGAUGCAGCUCAGGUUGAAGUGGUAGAAGAGAACGAAAUGGCUGUUGAAGUGGGAUUGGGUGAAGAGGGUGGGAGGGCAGAAAAGAGUGGGGUGACAGAAGAGAAUCUAAUGGAUGCUGAGGAUGACAUGGCAGAAGAAUAUGGCGUUCAAGAACAACAGAAUAGAGUAGAAGAGGGUGGAAUGGCAGAAGAGAAUGGAGUGACAACAAACGAUGGAAUGGCUGAAGAGAAUGCAGCAGCAGAGGAGAAUGGAAUGGAUGUUGAGGAUGGAACAGUAGCAGAACAUGGGCAACUCCAAGAAGACCCAGGCCCUGGAGAAGACCAAGAGGCUAUUCAAUGGGGCGAGUCCUCUUUUAACCUAUCAGAGUGGGGAGAUUCCCUUCUGAUUGGAGAACAUUACCUGGAGAAAAUGAAUAGUGUGUUGAAAAGUGGACAUUUGCCAAAAGUUGACCCAGGCAUGGCAGAGAGGCCAGUUAUGGAGGACGAGUGUUUCGUAGCUGAUUUCCCUUUGCCUAUGGUCGGGGAAAUUAUUCAUGAACAACCCGAGGCCAAGGUCACUGAUGGGUCGUUCUUUGUGAGCCCAGGAAUGCAAGAUGUUUUUGACAAGUGGUCAGAGCAGUUUUCAACUAUGAAUGAGAUGGCAAUAGAUAGAAAUACAGAUUCUUCAGAUGGCGAGGAGUUGAUAGGUGAGAAAAAAGAAAACACAAAUCACUGUAACAAUAACAGAGGGGACAGGGGUUCCCCUGAGAGUCAUAACAUGGUGGAAAACCGCAAGCCCAGACAUGGAGGUGACCUCAUUCCCCCAACCCCAGAGCCAGUCACCCCUGUUAGAGUCAGAAUGACCACAUCCGCUGUACAGUCACCAGUCACUCCUGUUACAGCCAGAAGAAACACACCUGCCAUUCAGUCACCCUUUCAACCCCAAGUCUCAAUACACAAUAAAGAAAACCAUUGUCUUGAUGAGGAAACAAAAUCAAAGUCAACUCCAAAACAUGAUAACCCUGAAACUGACAAGGGGCUAACAAAUGCCCCGCUUGAUACCCAAGAUUCCCAGACACCCAUGGACUUCAGCAGUCCAGAGGCCUUCACAAUCAUCGAUGUUGCCAGCGAUCAGAGCCUCUUUGAGACCUUCGUAGCGGAGUGGAAGACUCAGCAAAGGUUUUCUCUGGCUCUAGCCUGUGAGCAGCGUGACACCGUAUCAGAUGCCAAGACGAUAAUCGGUGGCAAGCACAAGCGAAAUGCCCAGGCAGUGACAAAUCUGAAGAGAGACGGGUUUGGUGUGAAAGGGGAUGAAGGUCUUGUUGUGGUGGGCCUGUCCUUAUGCUGGGGAGGAAAAGAUGCUUACUACAUAUCGCUACAGCAGGACCAGUCAGACACGGAUAUCAGUGCAAGCUUAGCCCCUCCACCCCUGGAUGAAAAAUUAACAGUUGGUGAGAGACGGCGGCAAAUACAAAGUUGUUUGGAGAGGAAGGCUCUGUCUAAUGAUGGGGGCAUCACCAUUGCAUAUGACUUUCUUCAAGUGUACAAGACACUAUUGUUGUCCUGUGAAGUAUCACUUGGAGGAACCUUUGAGGACCCAAAGGUUGCCUGCUGGUUGCUAGACCCCGGCUCCAAGGAGCGCACUCUGCACAACAUGGUGACGAACUUCAGCCCCCAGGACCUGCCUCUGCUGGAGGGCAUCAGCCCGGGGCAGGGGGUGCAGAGCCUUGGCAUCAGCGGAGACUCCGGCCACUCGGGACGCUACAGGGCAGCAGUGGAGUCUGUCCUCGUCUACAGAGUCAUGGCCCAGCUCACUGGCCUACUGUCAAAGGACAAUUUAUUGGAUGUGUUUCACGAUGUUGAGAUGCCAACGCAGUACUGCCUGGCCCUGCUGGAGCUCAAUGGCAUUGGCUUCAGCACGGAGGAGUGUGAGGCCCAGAAGCACGUGAUGCAGGCCAAACUCAAAGACCUGGAGUGCCAGGCGUACCAGCUGGCAGGACACAGCUUCUCUCUCACCAGCCCCGACGACGUUGCUGAGGUGCUAUUCUUGGAGCUGAAGUUGCCUCCAAACGGGGAUGUGAGUGGUCAGAAGAGCAGCAAGAAGACUCUGGGCUACACCAGGAGAGGCGCUGGAGGCCGCGCUAGACUGGCCAAACAGUUCAGCACCACUAAGGACAUAUUGGAGAAACUGAAACCCCUGCAUCAGUUACCAGGGGUUAUUCUGGAGUGGAGGAGAAUCACCAAUGCUCUGACAAAGGUGGUCUUUCCCCUGCAAAGAGAGAAGUGCCUGCAUCCCGUACUGAACAUAGAGAGGAUACAUCCCGUCUCACAGACUCACACAGCAACAGGCAGAGUUAGUUUCACAGAACCCAACAUUCAGAAUGUCCCAAAAGAUUUUGACAUCGAGAUGCCCACUGUUAUUGAUGAAAGCCAGCCAUCAGACGUCCAUAGUGUUUCAUCUUCAAAAAGGAGAAAAUCAAGGAUCCCUCAGCAGUUUGCACCUCUUGUGAAAACCCUGGAUGGUCCACAGGAAAAGGGCAAACAGUUCUCUGUCAGUAUGAGGCAUGCUUUUGUCCCUUUCCCAGGAGGGCUCAUUAUAGCAGCAGACUACUCCCAGCUGGAGCUGCGGAUCUUGGCCCACCUGUCCUGCGACCGGCGCCUCCUGAAAGUGCUCAACAGUGGGGCAGACGUCUUCAGGAGCAUUGCAGCCGAAUGGAAGAUGGUGGAUCCCGAAUCAGUAGAUGACAAGAUGAGACAGCAAGCCAAACAGAUAUGCUAUGGAAUCAUUUAUGGCAUGGGAGCAAAGUCCCUCGGAGAACAGAUGGACAUUGAUGAAAAUGAUGCUGCUUCUUACAUAGACUCAUUCAAGUCAAGAUAUACAGGAAUUCAUGCCUUUCUUAAGGAGACUGUUAAGAAUUGUGUUAAAAACGGUUAUGUGCAGACCAUUCUUGGCAGGAGAAGAUUCCUCCCAGGCAUAAAAGACAAGAAUGUGUAUAUCAGGUCUCACGCUGAACGACAAGCAGUCAACACAACUGUCCAGGGGUCUGCAGCCGACAUAGUCAAGCUCGCCACGGUCAACAUUCAGCGGCAGUUGAACGAGGCUUUCCAUGAUGUGCCUCAAUCCCACCAGCAUCCCGUCUCAGGAGCAGGAUCACGGCGCCACCGAGUUCUCUCCAGGCCCAUCAGAGGGGCGUACUUCAUCCUACAGCUCCAUGACGAGCUCAUCUAUGAAGUAGCCGAGGAAGACCUCAUAAAGGUUGCACAGAUCAUGAAGAAGGAAAUGGAGUCAGCUGUCAAACUGUAUGUGAAGCUGUGUGUCAAGGUGAAGGUGGGAUCCAGCUGGGGCAAUCUUCAGGAUUUAGAUAUUUAAGGAAGUUGGGAAUCACUUUAUAUGUAUUUUAGAUCGUAUUGAUGAAUGUGUAAAAGACCAUGCACUGUGAUUAAUGAUUGGCCCUGAGUAUUUCUGAUUGUAGUGUGCAUAUAACAUUGUCGUACCACACCAUUUUAAAACCUCCUGUAUUUAUUGAUUUUUAGCUUCUUCACAGCAAGCCAGCUCAUGAGAUGAUUUUAUUUAAGCAUAAUGACCUGAAUGAAUAUAUGGAAUAUAUUGUAAUAUACAUUUUGUAUCUGUAAUCUAUUUGUCUGAGAAGGUGAGCGUGUAUUUCUAACAGUUUUCUGCCCAAUUUAUGGAAAUUUAUAAUAAAAAGAAACUGGGUCUAAAUUCUAGUUUUUGGUUGUCGUUUCAGCACAUUAUGUGCAUCACAUUUCACAAGUAAUAAAUCCAAACCACUUAGCAAUCAAAGUGACAAAUAUCAAAUAAUAUAAAAAGCUCACUGGUAUACAAAUUGUAGACCUUAUGAUUAUCACAGCCC